CCCACGCCAACUGUGUUGUGUUGCGUGUUGUGUGUUGUGUCGACCAGUGAACUUAGUAGUUGUUCCAAUUUUGUUAAAAUUUCGAGCAAAAUGCAGUCCAAAACUUCUGCAAUCGCCGUGCUCUUACUGUUUUUAUCACUAGUGUAUAAAUCGUCCGCAAUUCAAUGCUACUACUGCAACAGCGCCAAUAACAGCGCCUGUCUCGACCCUAACGAGAUCGAAGAAGAGAUCCGCGGACGCAUCAUACCAGUCGUGGACUGCGCAGUCGCUAUCCCGCAGCCGAUAUCCGUGAGAUUCUUCUGUCGGAAGAUCAUACAGACCAUUUACCACACGCGACGUGAGAACGAUGUGCGUAUAACUCGUGGCUGCGGCUGGAUGCCCUCUGAAAAGGCGUGCUACCGCGCGGACAACAGUGACCAUUUAGAGACCGUGUGCCAAUGCUUCUCGGACCACUGUAACCGCGGUGACCACGUCAGCCCUGACACUGCUGUAACUCUCUUUCUGUUACUCUCUUCUGUCCUAUUCUUCUACCGUUAGAUGAUUUCUAAUAAAGGUUCUUCGUUCAAUUGACGACCAGUCUGUCCUGAAGCCGAUGGUCCUGGGUUCGAAUCCCGGUAAGGGCAUUUAUUUGUGUGAUGAACACAAAUAUUUGUUCCUGAGUCAUGGGUGUUUUCUAUGUAUAUAAGUAUGUAUUUAUCUUUAUAAGUAGGUAUGUAAAUCGUCGCCUAGCUUUGCUUAGUUUGGGGCUAGAUUGAUCUGUGUAAGAUGUCCCCUAAUUUUUUAUUUUAUUUAAUCAUUUAAUUAGUAAAUGUUAGUUUAUUACCAUAUUAACGACUUUAUUUGUGAUCUAUAAUUU